AUGGCAAUCGAGUUUUGUACAGUGGCAGAAAAGCUUUGGAACAGCGAGCGGAGCAACGGACGCGACUCAAUACUCUUCAUGGCGGCAUCCGAAUUCCUGAGUCUUGGAUACCUAGGCCAGGGUAGAGAUCAUUCUGUUUUGAAAUACCUGAACGAGGCUUGCCAGGCUGGUAUUCGCCUCAGGCUCCUUUCCGUAGGAUCCCUCGGACCUGCGGUGCCGAUGCAGAUGGAGGUAGACAAAGAGAGCCAGGAACUGCGCCAGCGUAUGUACGCUGCCUGGGGCGUCUUCAACUUUGCGGCAUUGGAGGGACGAAGCUCACCUCUGCACUAUAUGGGCUACACCUUUCCACAUCUAUGUCGCUUUUGGAACAUCGUCCACGAAGUCAGCGCUGUGUACAACAAGGGCAAUCAGCACCCCUGGGCGUCUGGCAGCAAUCUUGCCUUUGCCGAGUUCAAAUUCCGCGAGCUUCUCGCAUGGAGUCAAAGCUUGUCUUUUCGACAGGCAGCUGAACAUGCCGACUCACCGCACCAUGUGAAGGUUAUGCAUCUAUGGUUCCAUGCUGCCAUUCUCGAUAUCUUCCGCCCGUUUACCUCCGUCGCGACAUCUCGACACAGUCCUCUUCGAACCUUCGCCAACAGUACCGUCACUCCGCAGCUCAUCUCCGAGAGCUCUACCGCUCGUCUCAAAAGUCUCAUUCUCAACUACCGCACGCACCAUGCUGCGUCCUCGUACACAAUACUCUGGCAUACCGCCCUGUUGUAUGCUGCCAACUCCAUAUUGGACAUGCCAGGUGAAGAGGCGAAGCAGCAGGAUCCGUACAUAAUUCUCGUAUUAUACAGCUAUAUCCGUCUCAGCGCCACUUGGCGCGUAGCCAAGGCCAUCUUCAAGGGUCUUUUAUCCAUGAUGCUGCGUCGGGGCGAUAUGUCAAGUGAUGUUGCGCGGAAGAUACUUAGCGAUCUUGAUAACAUCGACAAGGGGGACGAGGACCCGAUUACAGGUGGCAUCAGGGCGACUUUCAUGAUGGACCUGCAGCAGGCGCCUUCAGAGCCAGAAUCUGCCACUGUGGAGAGCCUAGCGGAGGAUUUUGAGACAAACGUAAUGUUGAACGAGUAUACCAAUAUCUGGAAAAGAGAUGAGCGUGCCCUUAGCCCUGGCCGUCCCUCUAAAGGUUGA